AAGAAGACAAAAUCCAGGCUCAGUCCUAUUUUGACCGGGACACCGACGGUUCCGCUCUCGUUUGUUGACAAGUUCAACACAACGCAAAAUACGAAUGAAUAUUCUCGAUUUCCUGAGGUCAUUCCCAUCUCUUGUUCAGUCCAGUUUGAGCCUGUACGCUUGAGUACAUAGAAAGCACAGACGUUGUCUGGUGCACACUCCGCCAGGCUAGCGCUGAUCAGAUGCAGAUCAGUCUCUCCCUCUAGCUCUCGCAAUCGCAGUGUGUAUUAAAAGCCGUUACACGGUGGAAUAUAAGCCUUCUAAAAUUCGAUGUUCUACAGAUCCAUCAGUUGUAUUUCACUCAUAUUGUAAUAGGAUGUAGACCAGGCUUUGUUGUCAGUGUCACAUCGACUGGACCAGGGCGACUGGAUCACUUUGAUUCUUGGUGGAUUUAAUAAAUUCUUAUUCAUGAUGGGCAAAAAUCGUAGAAGAAUAUGUCUAUUUGACAUGGACGGGACAAUAACACACACUCGAAAGACGAUCGAGCCCGAAAUGGUUGAUGUCCUGUUGGAGCUUCAGACUGACAUUCCAAUCGGUUUGAUCACCGGCUCAGACAUUAAGAGUGUGGAGGAUCAACUUGGUCACGAUCUCCUUCAGAUAUUUGAUUACGUCUUCGUAGAGAACGGCAUGGUGGCAUAUCAGAAGGGCCAGGUAUUUGCUAAAAAGAAUAUGUCUGAGCAAAUUGGAGAGGAAAAAUUACAAGAGGUCAUCAACUAUGUGCUACAUUAUCUGGCUGACUUACAUCUCCCGAUCAAAAGAGGAUGUUUUGUGGAAUGUCGGACGGGUAUGAUUAAUAUUUGCCCUAUGGGACGAUGCAACUCAACGUUUGAGGACAGAAGGAUAUUUUGUGAAUAUGACAAGAAACAUAAAGUCAGAGAGAAGAUGGUAAAAACACUCCGGGAGAGAUUUUCUUCCAGUGGGCUUAAAUUUUCUAUAGGAGGGCAAACAAGCUUUGAUGUGUACCCGAUGGGAUGGGAUAAGACCUUCUGUUUGCAAUACUUGGAUCAAGAGUAUGAAGAGAUAUACUUCUUUGGCGAUAGAACAUCAAAGGAUGGCAAUGACUACGAGAUCUUUCACGAUAGCAGGACUAUAAGCCACACUGUGACCAGUCCUGAACACACCAAGCAACUCUUACAACAACUGUUCUUCAGUCAGCAACCAAACACAGACUCAUGAGUGUCAUUUGAUUGCCUUGGGACUACUUUUACAGCAUCAGUACUCUGUGUAGGACUGGCACCAGACUUGCCAAUUCGUGUCCAGAUCGAAACGCUUCCACUGCUCGGCUCCCUGGAUGGCUGAAAGUUAGUCAGGAAGCAGACAUAGUGUCCAAAUACCAUAGAUGAGAGGAUCAUGCAUGUUAUGUCACUUGCUCUUCAGACAGUUUUGCUUUUCUGCAAAACCAAUCCUUGGAAAUUAUAGGUUAACUAAUUACUAAUGUAAGCCAGAGUCGUCCACCUUGGCCAAUUUCAACACAUGGUUGCAUAGGACAGUAGUCAUCACUCUCGGGGUUAUGGAUGUAGAAUUGAGCCGUGCCGAUAUUUUUAUAAAGCUCGGACAUUUCAUCAUCAGACUCAAGCACCUCUUAGCCAGGUUGGCUUUGUAAGAAUCCAACAAUAGUUUUAAUCAGUCCAGCCCAGGAUAGCUUGCUUUUCUAUCUGCAAUUUACCCCUUUUGUUUAGCCAGGUUCUCCACCAAUUAGCUCCAAUAGCUCCAUGGUGUUGUUAUGUAAUCAUCCGAACAGUAUUGAUUUUACUCUUCUGUGAAACCAAUCAUGGGCAAAAUGGUGGAACAGAUGAACAAUACAAGA